AUGGGGCUCAUCUUCGACGAUCCAAUCGAGGAGCGCGCCUUUAUGGAAACGGACUUCUCUAAUCCAGUCUCCCGGCGGUUCUUUGAUGGGCAGUAUCGCGAUCCAGUAUCUACCAACGCGGCAGAGAGUGUUCCUGCCGAUGUAGAGCAUAGUCAGACGCGACUGACGGACUCAACCUCCAAUCUACGUACAUACCAUGAUGAGAUGAUUGCACGCUUUCAAGACGGGAUCAACUAUCCUCAGCAAAAGGUCACAGGCCCAAGUCAUUCAUUCAAUCCAUCAUACACAGGUCCAGUCUGGCCGGCCCAAGAGCAAAACCAAGCCAGUCGCUUCAACCCAUACACAAACUCCCGGCGCCAGCAGCAGCCUGCCGAGAAUCUAACCUCUGCAAACGGCGACGGAUUCAACGAUGCACCUGCUGACAAGCGUCCACGACUAGAUCCUUUGCCAACAGCAGCGACAGCCGAGCAUUAUAGCACUCAACUCCACUCACUUCAACGUGAUAUAUCAUCUCCAUUUGGCCAGCAGAAUUACAGUUUCCCGACUGGCUUUCUUAGAAGUAGCAGGCCACAGGAGGGCAGGCCAUCUGCUUCAUUCACUUCUCGAGCACCAAAGGGACUUUCGCCACUCAGCAGAGGCCUGAGCUAUUCAAUACAGAUGCAGGCCAGCCUGCUGCCAGGGUUCACUGACCCCCUAGGCGCUGGCUCGACAAGCACCACAUCUAACACCGCUCCUAGUGGUCGAGCAGACUCGGGUGUCGUUAUACCUUCUGCAACCGCCUUGCUACCAGCUACCAGCCUUACUAACACCCUUUCCGGACCUCCUUCGGCUACUCACAACGACCAACUUAUGAGAACACGAGAUCUCAGCCGCGUGAACUCCAAGAAUCUGGUCUUCGCCCUCUUCAACGAGUGUCUGCGGCCCCCAUUCGAAUACUCAAUCAAUUUGAGUGAAAUUUCUACCUGGAAUCCAGAUUGGACGCUCGUGGGCAAGGUGACGGAUCGCACGAUGCGGAACGGCUUUGUGACGGAGGAGCUAUCCACUAUGCAACUUCAAGCUUAUGGGCUUGCGGUGAACAAGAAAAACCCGAAGAAAGUCGGCGAUCGUCUCAAGAAGCAGCGUAGCCGAUUCGGCAAGGAGAUUUACAACGUUGGGGGCAGUUGGGACGUCAAUUAUGCGCUGAGAGCUGGUCCGCAGAAUGAUCUCAAGGCGGACUCUUGGGACGAUGGCCAAGUUGUCUUUCAACACGCCAAACUCUCCGACGUCUACGCACCCACUGCUCUUGCAAAUUGGCCUACAGGACAGGAUCGCGGAAUCAUGACCAUGUGCCUGGACUGGGCUAGGCAGCACCAUGCGACAUAUCCUGGCCGUACGACUCGCGAUUGGAACUGGAUCGUUAAGCAAUUGGGCAACCAGGCUGUGGGCCCAGUCGCUGUCGCGCCACACGCCAACCUGGAUCUCGAGAAGAAAGCAGCUAUGAAUCCAUGA